AUGUCUCGUGUCCCUAAUGCUUUCGCACCGAACUAUGACGAUUGGAGCUCUCCACGGUCCAAAGCCAUUCUAGCUGCCCUCGCUACACUCCAAUCUACUGAUAACACGGAAUUUCACCCGAGUAGGCACAUCGUCAUCAUCGCCUUCUACGAAACACCCUCUAACAUCGACUGUGGAGCAGAGUACUAA